UCCCCGCCACACAAGCGUACUUUCGUGGCUGCCGAGCGGUUUGAUGACGCUGUAGUCUUUGUUAGUCGGUUUUUCAAUGGCACUUCCUCCGUCUCCUCAGGCACUACAAACUCCACUGUAACGUCCUUACUACCAGAUAUUCCCGAUCCUCAGCCUCCCUCCCAGUUGCCUUUUUCGCCGAUGCCGAUUACAACUGCAACGACAACAACCAACACAAUUAAUAUAACAGAUCCAACCCCUUCGCAUAUACAUUUAUCCGGCGAUCAGCCGAGACCACGUUUGUAUGUGCUUUCACCACAUGGACUUUUGAUUGGAAUGCUCUGGAUUGCCUACAUACCUGGAGUUAUUUACCUUGUCCUCACCCAAACUGCAUGGCUCAUAUAUUUUAUGAUAGCUAAUCUCACUUUUGCCGGCAUACAGUUGACCAAAGGCGGCGUCGAUCUCUUGGCAGCAGAAUGGGCUGGCUUUCCUUUUUGUCGAGCCAAUACCGAUGAUCAUGCUCCUACUUGUUCCGAUGAAAGCAACAGCAUAGCC